CAAGCCAUCCGUCUGCCUGACAGGUUGUUGAUCUGACUUGGCUGAGGUGUCCCUCUCCUGGCCGCCAUCCAUCACCCCAAACGACCACCCCCCAAACCUCCAUCAGCAUCGCGCUGAGCUCGUCCAUUGCCCCCGUCACAUUCUUCCACGGUCCUUUCUCUACCGGCUCCAGCUCCUGCGGGCGACCAUGAGGGUCUCCUAGCUCGUGACGUUUCCCCGCUGACCACCUGUUCCUCUGCCGCCGCCCCAUCCCGAACCUCCCUCCUCGAUAGCCCCUUCAUCGGGCCCCCAACGCCCGCCCUCAGUCCCUACUUUAUAUCCCUAUACCUGCCUCGAGUCAUCGCGCCGCCGCCGCCCAGACCAAGCCGCCUUCGUCCUGACCCGCCAUGGAGGCCGCAUCUGCUCGCGCGGCUGCCCGCGACCGCUGGACCGAGUUUGGCCGCGCGCCUUCGCAGCUCCAGCGCUACAUCUCGAGCGCGUGCAGCCCCGACAACUACGAGCCCAAUCUCGCCCUUAAUCUUGAGAUAUGCGACCUGAUAAACAGCAAGAAGGGGAGCGCCCCGCGCGAGGCUGCCACCGCCAUUGUCGGCUACAUCAACCAUCGGAACCCCAACGUGGCUCUCCUCGCCCUCCAUCUACUCGACAAUUGCGUCAAAAACUGCGGAUAUCCUUUCCACCUACAGAUCAGCACCAAAGAGUUCCUCAAUGAGCUCGUCCGCAGGUUUCCCGAGCGGCCUCCGAUCCGGGCCACUCGCGUCCAGGCAAAGAUCCUCGAGGCCAUCGAGGAAUGGCGCGUCACCAUUUGCGACACGAGCCGCUACAAAGAGGACUUGGGCUUUAUUCGCGACAUGCACCGACUACUGAGCUACAAGGGCUACAUGUUCCCCGAGGUUCGGCGUGAAGAUGCCGCUGUGCUGAAUCCUAGUGAUAACCUCAAGUCCGCCGAGGAGAUGGAAGAGGAGGAGAAGGAGGCCCACUCAGCCAAGCUCCAGGAGCUCAUCCGGCGCGGCGCCCCGGAAGACCUUCGCGAAGCCAACCGCCUCAUGAAGAUCAUGGCCGGCUACGACACCCGAUCCAAAACGGAUUACCGCGCCAAGGCUGCCGAGGAAAUUGGGAAGAUCCAGGCCAAGGCCCGGUUACUCGAGGAGCGCCUCGAGGCCUUCAAGCCGGGCGACAAGAUGACUGACGGCGACGUAUUCAGCGAGCUCGCCUCGGCACUGCAGAGCGCGCACCCCAAGAUCCAAAAGAUGUGUGAGGAGGAGUCGGAGGACCACGAGGCUGUGGCGAAGCUAUUCGAAAUCAACGACAGCAUACACCGCACCGUUGAGCGAUACAAGCUGAUGAAGAAGGGAGACAUGGAAGGUGCCGCCAAGGUAGCAGCUGGGGGUCCUGCGCCGUCGCAAACCGCCUCCGUAGGUGCCGCGGCCAACGAGCUGUCGCUGAUAGAUUUCGAUGCCGAAGCCGCGGGAACCAAUGGAAGCAAUGGCGCCUCGCAAAGCACAUCUCAAGCCGGUGGACUGGAGAACGACCUUUUGGGCCUCGACAUUGGCGGCGAGUCCAGCACGUACGGGCAGGGCGGAACUAUUGCCCUCGGAUUUGGCGCCAACCAAAAUAUCCCAGGCCCGGCCCUGCUCUCCUCCAUGACUGAAGACAGCAGCGCAAAGGGCAACCUGACCAACCAGACACCGCCAUUCUCGCAGUUCGCCUCCUUCUCGACCCCUCUUGCCUCUCAGUCAACGACGCCGCAGCCUGCUGCUCAGCAGCAACCGAAGCCGCCGGCGCCCGUACCGGCCAUGGACCCGUUUGCUUCACUCGCCGCCUCCAACACGCCGCCGCCGCCGAAACCAACCGUGUCAAACGAUGACGACGAAUGGAACUUUACGUCGUCAUUGCCACCUGAGGCCCCGUUGAAGCCGAGAGAGCACAAGUCUGUCGUUAGCGACAGCAACCUUAAGACAGAAUUCUUGGCCAAGCGAGCUGGAGCCAGCAACUCCAUCAACAUUCUCUUUGCCUUCACGAAUAACACGGCUCAACCCAUCUCUGAGCUGCACUUCCAACUAGCCGUCACGAAGGGAUACGAGCUGCAGCUCAAGCCCCAAUCCGGUCGGGAGCUCGCACCCAAGCAGAGCCGCGGCGUCACGCAGGAGGUGGACGUGUGGCACUCGGGCAAUCGCGCGCAAAAGGUCGAGUCAGUGAAGCUCAGAUGGCGCGCUGCGUACAAGGUCGGCGCCGAGCAGAAGAGCGAGAUGGGCGAAAUUCCCGAGUUUAGCAUCGCAUGAGGAAAGAGGUGAAUGAAAGAUGGCCAACGUACUUUCUACUUGCGGGUGUGAGCAUGACUGGGUGUGCCUAUGUCGGGGCAUAUUUGCGUGUGUGAGACAGGAGGCGAGGGAAAGCCAUCCAAUUUAUGUCUUGUGGGAGUUGCCUUUGAAGCGACGAUUACAGAGCAGUCGAUUGAGUCUUCUUUUUUCCUUUCUCACGAGGCGUUGACGAAACGAUGGGUGCAAGCAAGGCGGCCGGCCCGAUAGAGAGGAAGGAUGGAUGGAUGGGAUGGCCGUCUUCUCGCCUCAGUUUCUUCUCCGCUCCCCCUCCCCUUCCCCAAUACUGGCUCGCAGGCUACUAGCCGGGCGGGACGAAGCGGCAUAUGUGCUUCCCAUGUAGAGACGCAUUGCAUUUGUCUUUUUUUUUUUUUUUUGGUGUAUGGCUUGGGAGGGGGGAAAACGUGGUUGUAGGUAGAGAAAGAGACAAGCAGACAGGCAGCCAAUGAUGAUGGUGUUGAUGCGGGGAUCGGGACGUUGGAAGUCAAACCGAGUAACACGGCUACUUGGACGGCAUUUUGACGUUCUCGGUGAGACAGAAGGAGGAAUUGGAC